UUUACCGCAGUGCAUCUGCAGCUUUGCUGUGAUCCGAGCGACGCAGGUGCCGCUGUGGCGCAGGAAGAAAAACCCUCACCGUUACCGGGGAUCGCACGCAUCUGAUAGAUGAGCCUUCUGUUUUUUUAGCGUCUUUUCAUGCCCUCGCGCAGUUUUGUCCGCAAUGCCUUGGCGAGCGAAGCAUCUCUUCUGCGUGCGCGGGGGCCAGUAGAUCGCAGCGUCUCCAUCACUCAGCUGUCACCGCAGAGGAGGACGGGGUUUUUAAUCGUUUUUCCAUCUUCUGCUCUGAGGAGGACCGUGAGCUCCGAUUUUGGUGAUCCGAUCAGGGAUAAUAAUUGGCCAUCAAAUCGUCCUUUGUAGCUCCAGUCCAGGAGCGCUGCUGCCAUAGUUGGUCCUUCGUCACAUAAACAGCCCCUCCAACAUCCGGUGAACAUGGGGAUGUUGCACGUGAUUCUCAUUACUCUCCUCUGCUGCUCGUUGGCACACUGCCGUGGGGCCUGUGCAGAGCCGGACUCUGACACCGAGGCGGUCGCGGGCCAAGGCUUCAAACUGGGCUGCCUCUCCUGCAAGAGGAGGAGCGAGGUGCAGGCGACCGCCACCGUCGAAUGGCACUUCAGGGGCAAAGGGGAGGCUGACUUUUAUCGCAUCUACACCUACACAGAGGAAGGCCAAAACGUCGAGAGCGACAACUUCAUGGACCGCAUAGAUUGGAACGGAAGCAAGAGGAGCAACGACAUCCAAGACGCGUCCAUAUACCUGCUCAAUGUCACCUUCAAUGACUCGGGCACCUACCAAUGCUUCUUCAACCGCAUCCUCUUCUACGACAACUACGAGUACAGCACCGUCAUCAGCAAGGUGGUCCACCUCACCGUGGUCGCCAAAGCCACCAGAGGAACGGCGUCCAUCGUGUCCGAGGUCAUGAUGUACGUGUCCAUCAUCGGCCUGCAGGUCUGGCUCCUCAUAGAGAUGAUAUACUGCUACCGGAAAAUAUCUGCAGCUGGGGAAGAAGCCUUACGAGAAGCAGCCAAUGCUGAAUACUUAGCGAUCGCCUCGGAAGGUAAAGAUAACUGUGCAGGGGUGCAGGUCGGAGAAUAGCACAGGCUUCCAACGUGGACUAAAAACAUCCUUCCACCGUCUGACCUGCAUGUGGACACCUUUGGGAGCAAACUCCUCUUCAUAACAAGCCUUUAGUUCCCUUUUUCCCUGACAAAGCUCCCCCAUGGAGAUGAUGUACAAGGAGAGCAUGGUGCCAGCACCGUAUUUAGUCUUCUGCGCCGCAAAAGCAUGUUCUGCACUUUUUCCAGAAGUCCAUUAUGCAUUCAUGAGCCACGUUGUCGACGGCAUACAUCGUACAUACAUUAUUUCUUUAAGUAUAUGUAGUCUCACAUUUAUAUUUGACGUAAGUGGUAUUAUGGGCGUCUCUUGCACUUCACAAGGCUGAUUGUCAAAGAGGUUUUUACUGAAUCAUCACCAACCGAUGUAUGAAUAAUGCAACACACACUACAUGUAUGGAAAUUUGAUUAAAUAAAACAGAAGGUGAUGAACUAUGA